AACUGGGCCGGAUGAUGUUCCAGUGACCUGACAACCAGAUUUUUUUUUUUUCAUUUGGUUUCUUCAUUUCAAUGAAGAAUUCCUAAUACAGAAGACAGAGAAUGUAUCCCUGCCAAUGUGUUAGAGGAAAAAGCUUGGAUAGUUGGGAUUUGCUUUGGGCUUAAAAAAAGGGAUAAUCAGCCAUUGGGUAUGUGCUUGCUACAGUCUUCCAGGGAUGCCUGUUACAAGGAUAAAGAAAUGAAGAUUCUCUGAGGACUAGAACCCUCCUGUGCUCUGGAAGAAAUGGUCCUCAUUAUUAAAAUGCUUCUACUGUCAAGUCUGUGGCCAGGGGCUGUCCUCAACGGGUUCCAUUCGCAAAGACAGAUAGACCAGCACCAUCAUCAGCACCACCAUCAUGAAAAAGAUGAGAUUCACCCAGUGCCCAUGACAGAUAGCCGGAAAAAUACAAGUAAAAUGAAGAGAAUUGACAGUACUAAAGUCCGUCAGGUCAAAUCAGAACAACUUUUACGUAUAGACGACCAUGACUUUGCCAUGAGACCUGGAUUUGGAGGUUCAGCAAUUCCUGUCGGUAUUGAUGUACAGAUAGAAAGUAUAGACAGCAUCUCAGAGGUCGAUAUGGAUUUUACAAUGACCUUAUACCUCAGACAUUAUUGGAAAGAUGAGAGGCUCUCGUUCCAGAGUACUAACAACAGGAGCAUGACAUUUGAUGGAAGACUAAUAAAGAAAAUUUGGGUGCCAGAUGUAUUCUUUGUUCACUCCAAGCGGUCGUUUAUACAUGAUACCACCAUGGAAAAUAUCAUGCUCCGCGUGUAUCCGGAUGGAAAUGUCUUAUUUAGUCUAAGGAUAACUGUAUCUGCAAUGUGCUUCAUGGAUUUCAGCAGAUUUCCCCUGGACACCCAGAACUGUUCUUUGGAACUGGAAAGCUAUGCCUACAAUGAAGAUGACCUCAUGCUGUACUGGAAGAAAGGAAAUGAGUCCCUGAAAACCGAUGAGCAUAUUUCACUGUCCCAGUUUUUCAUUGAAGAGUUUAGUGCGUCUAGCGGACUGGCCUUGUACAGUAGCACAGGAUGGUACAAUAGACUAUUCAUCAACUUCAUCCUCCGGCGGCACAUCUUCUUCUUUCUGCUCCAGUCCUACUUCCCAGCAAUGCUCAUGGUGAUGCUGUCAUGGGUUUCCUUCUGGAUUGAUCGGCGAGCUGUACCUGCUAGAGUAUCGCUAGGUAUCACAACUGUACUGACAAUGUCCACAAUCAUCACAGGAGUGAGUGCCUCAAUGCCUCAGGUGUCUUACAUUAAAGCCGUAGACGUCUACUUGUGGAUCAGCUUUCUUUUCGUUUUCCUGUCUGUUAUUGAAUAUGCGGCCGUCAAUUACCUGACUACAGUGGAAGAAAGAAAACAGCUAAAAAGGAGAGGAAAGUCUUCCAUGACACUGAACCUGGAGGCAGUGCAGGCCAUGGCUUUUGAUGGAUGUUACCACGACAGUGACGCCGACCUUAACUAUUCCGUACAUUCUGAGGAAAGCUCGUCUCGCGGGCGGGCUGCCAGCGUGGCCACUCUCGACGCAGCUCGUGUGAAGCGCAAGAGAUCCAUCAAAGGGAACGUCGGCAGACUCAUCCUCGAGAACAAUCACGCCAUAGACACUUAUUCUAGGAUCAUCUUUCCCAGUGUCUACAUUUUGUUUAAUUUCUUCUAUUGGGGCAUGUAUUUAUGAGAAGGAAUAAAGAUGAGGUCGUACAUGAGAUCAUACAUCCCGAAUGUACUUUACAUGGAAAAAACACAGGACUCCUGCGCAAGAACUGCGGGAUACAUGAGUUUGAUGAUGCCGGUGUUGCGUUCAGUGUAUUUCCGGUCACUUGUACUUGUAGAGAUGUGCCUGCGCUAUUAAAA